UUCGAUUAACGUCUUGAUGCUUAAAAGCGGCCAAUUCGUAGCUGCUUCCCAUGACUCCGAUGGUGAUCAUAAGGUCCAGUGGAACGCAAUGCGCAAACCCCCACGAUGAAACUUCACCGUGUUUGCCGCGUCAUUCGUCCUCGCCGAAGUCGACAUGAUUGCUGCAGAGAAGGGGAGGUAAUUGCCGAGGAGAAAAUGCUGAAUGUUGCGGCAAUAUGGAUGAAUUGCCAAGCAAUCUACCAACCCUUUGGCGAGGGCUAAGGUCUUGGGCAAAGCUUCGACUGCAAGUAAUCUAUUUGCUGGCACCCUGUGCGUUAUUCUUGUCAGUUCUCGAGCCGCUGCCCCCUUUGACAGACGAUGAUCAUUACCACAUCGACUACCACCACCACCCCAAGGCUCGAUUGUGGGUCCAGAGCCUGGUUUUAAAGCUCAAAGGCCAGGUUGCUAUCUUCUCAGGUGUACAUUGCGUAUUUAGCCUGGUGAGGAGGUGGUGGUCAUUGGGAUGCAAGGAACGCCCCACUUGUGCUGGUGAGUGUGCGAGUUGACGGGUUGUAGAUUGCAAUGGAUCGCGUCUAGAAUGGCGGGAGGACGAGCCUCGUAGGCUCAUCGGGCGGGAGAGUGAUGGCAGAGUUGCGGUGUAUGAGGGGUGCUUUGUGAUUUCUUCGGCGCUAGAAUUUGUUGAAUGCCGGUACCCGAAAGACUGUCUUGUUUCCAAUACAAAAUAGGGAGACCUCGUCAGAUCGUUUGCUCAGUGGCUAAGUGGGCUCGUCGUUUGUCGUCCGGUCUAGUGUAAAGUUCUUGUAGUUUCUGUCAUUGGGCUGUUCUCAUCCAUCUCAAUCUUGUUGCUCUUAACUUUUUACAAGGACUUUGUGUUGCACCACCCCUCUGGCAAAGAGGCCAUCGGUUGCCCUGCGUUUCACUAACCAUUGGAGUGGUAUCGUGAAGAAAACUGAGAAGGCGUCAUCCCGGAGUAUUCAGCCCUGUGAAUGCAACUAGCCGUUCGCAGCCAGAGUUGCCAAAAUCAGCUUCCCCCUGGGCAUCACCGCGAGGCCGCCUUGUCCGUUACACUUGGUCGUAUCCAUUUGGGUCCGCGUGAGUUGCAACAAACGGGUUACAGCGGUGGUUCAAGUCACGAGUUUGAUAGGAGUUCAUCCGAACCUGACGACAUCGAUUUGAAAGAGUCAAGUGGCUCUUCAAAAAGCCAAGAGCGACACACUUCUGGUCUGCCAGACACUUUCCAACGAAUCCAUCUGUGGAACAAGUCAAAGGCGACGUACCCGAGCCUUACCACAUCGUUCUUUCCUUCUGGUGACCAACAUCCAGCGUGAAAUCUUUCACAGUGCACAGAGCUCCAGGCAGGACCUCUCCACCGAGACACCGACCUUCAACCCUCCCGAGCUCUCGAAACUCAUCAUCUCCACCUUACCAGCCUGGAGGCUCGUUAGCCUCUAGCAUUCAGCCAGUCCCAAACUUAGCAGUAUUUUCAUCGGUAUCUGGCACAGCUCUAUGCACCCGAAACAACAAUGGCCAACGGCAUCUUUUUUGUUUCUUGGGAGUUGUGGCAGCAGAUGACUUUUAUCCUAGCUAUGGGAAUAGUGGCUGUAUUUUGUGCAGGGCUGAUGAAACUCUGGUGGAAUAACCGUCUGGUGAAAAAACAAGAGCUGUUGGACGAUGAGAAGAGGCUGCGGGUGGAGGAGAUGCGCAGGUCAGGUCUUGGCAUGAAGCGAACGAGCGAUAUCCCCUUCGGAGUUCGAGCUAUACAGGGUGGCGUGGAGGUUGAUGGGAUAUGGAUCUCAAGACCUGCAUCCCAGGACGACCCAGCUACUGCGAGGCUUGUAUCCUCCAAUUCGACGGCAAGUAGCCAAUCUUCUGCCUUACCACCGGUCUCCCAAGUCUCUUUGGAGAGCCAACGACCGCUUUUUCGAACAAUGGGCGGCUUGAAUGAGGAUACACUUCGAAGUUUGGAGGGGCAUGGAUCGAGACAGCCUCACGAUAUCUACGUCCCCACUUCGAGUCAACAAAUACCCCGUUAUCCUAGUCAGCAAAGCUCAGCGUCGUCGCUAGGAGAGUCUGUCUCGGCAAGAAGCGGGAGUGGGAAGGGCAACUCAUCAGCACUCAAUUCGAGUGUCUAUACGCCAAAACCACUUCGUGAAGGACAGUAUCAGUACCAUCAGGUGGAUAGUGCGCGGAAUGGGCAGGACUCACCCCCAGAUCCUUUUCAAACCCCGGCCCGUACACCCAGUGGAUUCUCAGUUCGACUACCCAGUGGAACACAGACUCCCCUGUUACAAGUGAGCAGCAUACCAGCCCCCGAGCCGACCUUUGGGCCCGGAGACUUGCACUUGAACCGUUCUUCUCGGAGGGUGAACGGGGGAUUCGAGAUUCUACCAGCUGGAACUUUUGGAGGCCCAAGGAAGCUUGACCACUCCGUGAACCCAGUUCCGGGCAGAACUGCGUCCCAGUCUCCCAAUAAGCCGAGGACAUAG